GCCUCGGUGGAAGCUGCGGCCGCCGGCAUGCCGUUUCUGCAUGGCUUCCGGAGGAUUAUCUUCGAGUACCAGCCGCUCGUGGAUGCUAUCCUGGGCUCCUUGGGCAUCCAGGACCCCGAGCGGCAGGAGCCCCUGGACAGGCCCAGUUAUGCCGCCAGCGAGGAGAGCCUCAUCCUUGUUCUUACCGAGUUGCUUGAGAGAAAAGCCCAGUCUCCAUUUUACCAGGAAGGUGUGAGCAACGCCGUGCUGAAGAUGGCCGAGCUGGGGCUGGCACGUGCGGCCGCCAUCCUCCUGCGGAAUGGAGCCAACCUCAAUUUUGAAGACCCGGUCACCUACUACACGGCGCUGCACAUCGCCGUCCUACGGAACCAGCCGGACAUGGUGGAGCUGCUGGUGCGCCACGGGGCCGACGUCAACCGCAGGGACCGGAUCCACGAGAGCAGCCCCCUGGACCUGGCCAGCGAGGAGCCAGAGGGCCUGCCCUGCCUGCAACGCCUCCUGGACCUCGGAGCAGAUGUCAGUGCGGCCGACAAGCAUGGUAAGACAGCCCUGCUUCACGCUCUGGCCAGCAGUGAUGGGGUGCAGGUCCACAACACCGAGAACAUCCGGCUCCUGCUGGAAGGAGGGGCGGACGUCAAGACCACUACCAAAGACGGAGACACGGUGUUCACCUGCAUCAUCUUCCUGCUGGGCGAGACAGUGGGAGGCGACAAAGAGGAGGCCCAGCUAAUCAACCGCUUCUGCUUCCAAGUCACGCAGCUGCUGCUGGCCCACAGUGCCGACCCCAGCGAGUGCCCGGCCCAGGAGUCCCUCAUGCACAUCUGCCUCAAAAGUUUCAAGCUGCACUUCCCCCUGCUGCGCUUCCUGCUGGAGUCGGGAGCCGCCUACAACUGCUCCCUGCAUGGCGCGUCCUGCUGGUCCGGCUUCCACAUCAUCUUCGAGAGGCUCUGCUCCCACCCGGGCCGUGCGGAGGACGAGAGCCACGCGGACCUGCUGCGCAAGGCGGAGACCGUGCUGGAUCUCAUGGUGACCAACUCCCAGGCGGACAAGAUCCAGGCCCUGCACGUCUCCCUGAGGCAGCUGGAGAGCUACCCCCCGCCCCUCAAGCACGUAUGCCGCGUGUGCAUCCGCCUCUACCUUCAGCCGUGGCCGGUGGACGCCAAGGUCAAGGCCCUACCUCUGCCCGACAGGUUCAAGUGGUACCUCCUCAGCGAGCACAGCGGCGCCGUCGAGGACGACAUCUGACCGUCCGGGCUGGGGGGCGGGGUCUGGGCAGCCCCCUCGGCAUGUGGGUGAUUCAAGUACUUGGGCGGCCCGAGGGGACAGCCUUCGGUCCGCCUGUCAGAGGCGCAGGGUGGAGCCCGGUGGCGGCAAGCACUCCAGCGGAGGAAGGCCUCUCUCUGUGGGAGACUGCCCCCGCUUCCCCUGGCAGUGACUCCGAGCCUCGGCCCACAGUGGAAGCGGGGAUAGGGUUUAGGACAAGCACGGACCCUCCUGAUGGGAGGGAGUGCCGGGCACUCCGAGAAGCAAGGGGCCUCCACGCCCGGGCCCGCUGCAGGAAGCCGGCCCGGCCUGCGUGGAGACGCCAGAAGGGGCCUGUGGGGUGCAGCCCGGCCAAGACCAUUGACUCUUCACCCAAGAUUCUGUCAAAAAAAAAUAAGCGCUU